AUGCUCUCACAGAUAAUUGGUCAGAGCAGUGCAUGCUUCAUAUCCCCGCGCCCAAACAAUGCAGACAUUUUGAAACUGUUAAUCGCUCGUCGUUUUCAAUUUCUGCAUCCAACGAUUCGAAAAGACUUAGCCGUUCAGCCGGUUCAUAUCAGGGACAAGGGCAAAGCCAUGGCAAGGCGGACCGUGCUUAUGCAGGACGAAAAAUGUGGAUCAGCUCUCACACUUACAAUUAGUUCUGAAGCACCCUAG